AACUGAAUGGAGAAUAUUGUCCGACUGGCAAUACUUGACAUCAAUUGUGCAGGAGCUAUUGACAAACUGAGGUCCAUCAAUACUCCUUGCCAUUAUCCUUAGUAUUGACGACACGUCAAUAAGCACCAUCAGGCCGUCAAUAAUCGGCAAUUUAGCAAUAUCAUUGAACAUAUGAGUGGCCCCCUUAGACCUAGACGAAGUUUAAUUCCACAACACAGCAAAGAAGCUAAUCUCAAAUCUGCUGUUCGUUGGCACAAAUCACGAACGUCGACAGUACAAAAGAAGAAUCAACAAUGACACUACAUUUAACAAUGUCUACGAUGAGACUUCCAUAAAACUAAACAAAAAAAUCAGCACAUCUCAGAUAUCGACACCUUGCAGGAUUUCUCUCCUGUCUGUGAUCUGGCUGAACUCGACACUUUUUCCCAGUGUUGACCAUAUUUUUAUCUGGCUAUAACACUGAGACGAAACCUAUUACAUUUAGGUAACAUGAAGCAACGGAAAGUACGUCUAAUGAAGUACAUAAUGACGCCAAUAACUUAGUUUCGUCAAAUUUGGUCUUAACCCGAUCUUUCCGUGUAAUCUUAAAAUGCAGUUCAUUGCAAAUUAGUCAAGCUGUUGUUACAAAUACAUUCUCAUAUACUCAUUUACGUAAAAUCUAUGGAGUUGCACUUAAUGUUUUCUCAAACCCACAAAAAUUGUGAAUGCUUGAUUGAUGUGAUAGUCUCUUUAACAGAAAUGCUUUGACUGCGCGGGAAGUCGUACAGUAUUGUGAAAAAGAGUUGUUUAUGUGUUGGCAGUAUAUAUGUAAAUAUUUUCGCGUACGAGUGUGAAAAGUAACAAUGCCGGAGGUACAAUUAGUGAAAGUGAUCAGCUGUAAUUUUCAGGAUCCAAAGCAUCAAGUAACAAAUUUGCUCCGUGGGAAUAUUGGGAAAUGGCUGUGUCCUCUUCCAAGAAAAAAUAUGUCAAUGGAAGCAGUGUUUAUGAUGGAAAGAGCUUGUGUUAUAAGUGGAAUAAACAUAGGAAAUUGUGGUUCAGCAUUUGUGACAGUUUCUGUAUCACAUUAUGGAUCAUCAGAAUUUGAAACACUUCUGCCAUCAUCAGUUUUAAUGGAUCGACAACAGACUAAAAGUGGGUCAGGAAAAACAUCUGUGCUGAUGUUUUCAAGAGAUAAGUUUUGUGAAAAUGUGAGAGAGAAGAAAUGGGGUAUCAUAAAAAUUACUUGUACACAACCAUUUGAUACUCAUGUUCCAUUUGGUUUGAGUUUUAUCCACAUAAUAACGUUUGAAAAAGAUACUGUCUUUGCUGAUACGAGUGGAAAAGAAAACAGGAUUAUGGCAAAAAGGAACAUAUACAAUAAAGCAAGCAUUUCCAGGCCACAGUCAGAUGUUAUUCAAAAAGUAGCUGCAGCUUCACCACGUUCACUGGAGCUCAUGAAAGCUUGUAUGAACCUUCAUAAUUCUGAGAACAGAGAGAAGAUAUCAGAAACAGUCGAUUGUGCUAAAGAAAUGCCAUUAAGAGAAAAUGUUUCCAGAACUGAAAAGCUAUCAAAUGGUCUGUCUGGUACAGAUUCAAGGCGUAGCAAAUGCCCAAUUUGUUGUGGUUCAUAUGAGGUAACAGAAAUUGAAGCCCAUGCAGCACAGUGCACUGGUGUGUCAAACAGCAAUUCAGCUAUUGAAGAGAAUGAUGAAGUGAUGUGUCCAGUAUGCAAGUGUAAAUUUAGUUCGGAAUAUAUUGCAUCACAUGCUGAUGCUUGUGCAGAGAAGCGACUUGACAGCACCACAAAAAGUGCAAUCUCAAGCCCUCAGGCAGGACGACACAAAUCACUGAAAUUUAUAAAUGCAUAUGAAGAGCAAAGCCAGAAAACACCUCCGAAUAAGGAAGAAAAAGACUGUGAUAUUAAAUUUAGACAUCGAGUUAUAGCUUUCCUUGACACUGAGAAUGUGUUGGCAAAGUACAUGAAACAUAUAACAAUUGGUGAAUUACGAAGAUUGUAUGAACAAACAACAAAAGAGUCCCUUCAGAGUCACGAAAUCAAAAAGUUUGCGGCAGUUGUAAGAAGUUAUCUUAGAGCAAACACGGAUUCAGAGGGAAAAAGCAGCAGCAGUAAGGUUUCAGAUAAUCAGGAUGUUAUAGGAAGGCAUCCUGUAUGUAGGAGAAAUCUUCUAAGUUUAGAAGAUUCCGCAAAUGCACAAAACAGGGAUGAUUGUGAAGAAGAUGAUUUCAUCAGCAGAAAUGUUAUAAUCCAUGCAUCACCCACAACACCGACCAAAAGAAUUGACUCUCUUCACACACCUAAAAGAAAGAGUUUGGAGAGUGGGCCUUUUAGGAGGAAACGAUUGGCUAAUGGUAUGCACAGUUCAGAUGCCACUAAUGAUGGUAGUAACUCUGAACCUAAUACAGUGCACACUAUAUUGGAGGACGUCGCUCACAUGGUCCAGUGCCAUCUGUGUGAAGAGUUCUUCAGUAUAGCAGACAUAGGAAAUCAUUCUUCAACCUGCAUUGUUCCUGCUGACAUUCAUCAGCUGAAUUCAGAAAGAGAGGUCUGUCCAAUAUGUGAUGAACUGAUUGCGAAGGAUUGUAUUGAGCAACACGCUGCUCUCUGCGCAGAAAAUAAAUUUGGGUAGUGCCUGAUUAUUAAUUGUAAUUGUUUCCCAAAUUACUAUCAUGUGAACGUCUUCCGGAGAAAUUACCUGAACCUUGGGGACUUGUGGUGCUGUACAUACAAUAUGUUUGAUGGAAUUGUAAUGAUUUUUUUGUGAUAGUCUCAAAUAUUUUAUGUACAUGUCUGUGUGUGAGUUACUGUGCUCGCUGUCAGCAUAUUCACUAAACUUUUAUGUAUUUGUAAUUAUUUAGCACAAAUAGUUGGGAAUAUAUGAUGUUGGAGUUCAGUCAUGUAAAAUUUUCUAAAUGAUAUUAUAGUCGUCUUUUGACAGUAAAAUUAUUUAUUUGUACAAACCACUUUUGCACUCAGUUCAUGGGGCCACCAUUAUCAAGUGAAAACACUUUCCAAA